AAACAUUAAAUAGUAUUAAAAAGGUGGGAAUAGAUUGUGCUACGAUUAUUUGAAUUAUCAAACUUAAACCAUGUCUAAUUCCGAGGAACAGUCAAUACCAUCCACUGAAGAAGUCAAAGAAUCACAACCACCCAGCCCCUUAACAGAUGCAGAUUCACAAACCGCUGAAGGAAAUAAAUGUGAUGAAAAAGUAGCAGAAAGUGAGAAAUCUGAUGCAGAUACACAAAAUGAUAAAACGGAAAGGGAUGACGGCAAUUGUUAUUGUGGAAAAGAGCGGAACUUGAAUAUUAUAGAACUUCUAUGUGCCAAUUGUAACAGAUGGUUUCAUGAAUCUUGUAUUGGAUAUCAACUCGGAAAGUUGGUACCAUUUAUGUUGAACUAUGUCUUUGUUUGUAAAAAUUGUUCAAACACCGGUUUAGAGAGUUUUAAAAAAAAUCCACCAUUGUUUCCUCAAAUAUGUAUUACUGCUAUUGCAAACUUGAUGCAAACUAGUAUCAAAGAAGGGAAUCCCAAGAUACAGUUUACGAAAGAUAAAGAUAUUAUUCCUUUUAUUGAAUCACAUUGGGAAGGUAUCACAACUUUUGCUAAAAGAGUGAAGCAAUCCAUGCACUCUUCUGUAAACAGCACUGAACCAACAGGUAAACGUCCGAGGGGUAGACCGAGGCGUAGAUGGGAGAAUUGUGUUAGGUCUGAUGUUGUAGAUAUGGGUUUUGACGGGGUUCAGAGGAGGGAGGUAUUGAGAGCUCUUGUUAAGGACACAAACGUCUCAUUUUUAUGCGAAGACAGUCCUGAAGAAGGGACUGUCUAUUCCCUUAUCCAACAAGAUUUGACUCAAAUCAAACCCAAUUACGAAGCGAUGAUAAAACAAGGGCAGCUCAAGGUCACUGACAUGGGUGUCCAACAUGGUAAACAAGGGCUUAAGCAUGCUAGUGGAGGUGGUACCAUGAGGAGAAAUGCAAAGAGGAAAGUGCCAGAAUCGGGGCAAGGGCCCGGUAAAAAGUCGAGAGGUGACGUGUCCCUCCCAAAGCUGCCUGCUCAUGGAUACCCAAUGGAGCAUCCUUACAACAAAGAUGGUUAUCGUUACAUACUUGCUGAACCGGAUCCUCAUGCUCCUUUCAGGCAGGAAUUUGAUGAAAGCAGUGAUUGGGCUGGUAAACCUAUCCCAGGAUGGCUCUACAGAACUCUGGUGCCUGGAACUGUUCUUCUGGCGCUUCAUGACAGGGCCCCUCAAUUAAGGGUUUCAGAAGAUAGGCUUUCAGUCACAGGAGAAAAGGGUUACUGUAUGGUCAGGGCCACACACUGUGUGAGUAAAGGGACUUGGUAUUAUGAAGUAACAGUUGACGAUAUGAAAGAUGGGUCUGCAUCAAGGUUGGGUUGGUGCCAAGAAUAUGCCAACCUUCAAGCCCCGCUGGGCUAUGAUAAAUUUGGUUAUGCUUGGAGAUCCAGGAAAGGAACCAGAUUUCAUGAAUCUCGUGGGAAACAUUACAGUGAUGGCUAUGGAGAAGGAGAUACGCUCGGAUUCUUAAUUCAUUUGCCCCACGAUGAGAAUAAAUCAUAUAUUCCUGUGACAUAUAAAGACAAGCCUCUUGUUAAAUUCAAAAGCCAUUUAUACUAUGAAGAAAAAGAUAGAGUUGCCGAGUUCCUUAAAAAUUUGACUGUCCUACCUGGAAGCAAAAUCGUAUUUUUCAAAAAUGGAGUUUGUCAAGGAGAUGCUUUCCUUGACAUUUAUGGUGGUUCCUAUUAUCCUGCCGUGUCAUUGCAUAAAAAUGCUACGGCUACCAUUAAUUUCGGACCUCAUUUCAAAUAUCCUCCUAGUGAAGAAGAAUUUUCAUACAAAGGAAUGUACUUAAAAUCUGAAGAAGCAAUACGGGAGCAGACAAUGGCUGAUAUCUUAUACCUUACUGAAAAUGACGGAAAAUUAAGAUUAGAUACUUACUAUGUAUAGCUAGAAUAAAGCCACAUUACAGUAAUGUGGCUUUCAUUGGGUAUUAAAUUGUUUUUGUCACACAAUUAAUGCCAUAUAUAUUUAAAUCUUCAAAAGAUUUAUUUUAUUUUGUAAAGAUUAAUUUAAUUUUUUAAUGAAAAUAAAUUAUGGUUACUAAAAGCGUUUAUCAAACUGUUUUUAAACUUAGUUUUUGUUUUAUUAUUAUUAUUAUUUCAUUUAGUAUUUUAAUUUAUAUUGUUAUUUAUUUAAAAUAUUUGUAAAUAUGAGACAAAAAAAUGCUGAAUUGAGGGAAAAUUCACCAUUUGUAUAUUUAUCUGUAAUAAAACAAUUACAUAAAAUGAAUGUUAAGAGACCAAAUGUACAGUUAUAUUAUCUUAUCAUAUUAUGUGAAAUUAUUUUUGUAAUUUUAAAGGCGCCUUAUGUUAUCAAUCUUGUAAUUCUACAUUUUAGUGGUUUCAUAUCAAAGAGGGAAAUCUGUUAUUUUCAGAAAGCGGAGAAAAAGUUAAUUUUUGUUUUAUAGGUUCAACUCAUACUGUUUAUGAUAAUUUUAUAUAAGAAUGUUCAAGUUGAAUCAUAGGAAAAUCCUUAAAAUUGCUUUAAAUUGAAGCUACGUUACAGAAAAUUGGUUUUUCUCAAUUUUUAAAAAAAAUGACAGAUGUCUGUUUUUGAUAUUAAGCCCCUCAUAUUUUAAAUUUAAUUUUUAUAAAAUACACAAAAAUAAAAAGUGGCCACCUUUAAUUAUUUGCUCAGGUUUUCAAUAAUUAAUUAUUUAGAAGUAUGUAUAUAUAUAUAUAUUUUUUUUUAGUACAAAAAUUUGGUUUCUCUUGAUUUUAUCAUAGCUAUCAUUCAAUAUGUCUUGACUUAACACAAUUUCUGUGUACUAUAUUCUAUAUACUAUGUAUACUCAACUAUUAGAAUUAUUACCCUUAAUUAUUGAAUAGAUUCUGGUAAUGUUUGGCAUCUCUUUAUAAAUCCUCCUUCUGAUGUUCAAGAAGGUUUAGAUGUCGGGCAAAAUGACUAAAAGAUGGUCUGUCACACUAUAUACCCCACAUUAUAAUGUUAAUGUGAAAGGUAGGCCAUUUUGUUUUGUUUUUAGUUUCAUCAAAGAACUUCCACUUAAGAAAUAAAUAUGUAACUAAUUUUAUUUUCAAAUUAUUUCUGAUGUACAUGUUUUUACUUGUUAGAUACUGUGCAAUGGGUGUCAAUAAUUUCUUAUCAACUGGUACUAAAUUGUUUGUAAAUAUGUAUUUUUAAAAUAUUACUCCUUCGAAAAAGAAGUUAUAAAUAAAAGUAUAAUAUAAUC